AUGCCGCGAGGUCAGAUUAUGACUGGGCAGGAUUGGGAGCCGCAGGUAUUUAACUUCCAAAACAGGAAUUCUGCUGGUAAGAGACCUGGCCGUGUGAGCGAGGCUGAGGCAAACCGUGUGGUACAGCGUGGAGGAGAUGUGGAUGUGAUGAAGAAGGAACACUUCCGCGCGAAUACUCAAAAGGCAGGUCCUGGUGCUAAUGCCAAGAAGUUAGAUGAAGACAAUGAAACGUUAAAGGUAAAACGAGUCGAUAACAACCUUCGUAUUGCCAUUCAGAAGGCGCGGCAGAGUAAAGGUUGGACUCAACAGGAUUUGGCCCAGCGCAUUGCUGAGCGUGUGGGCGUUGUGACAGAGUAUGAAAAUGGUAAGGCUGUGCCUGAGGAACGUGUGCUGGUGAAGAUGGAGAAAGCAUUCGGUAUUCAUUUACGUGGUGUGAAGGCAGGUCAGCCAUUUGGACAUGCUCAACAGCAGCCGGUGAAAAAGGCACCUUGA